CGGAGGGGAGGAGGGAGCUGCUGUAUUGUAGCGCCUGCGGGCAACGCUCCCAGUCAAUAUAUAUGUGCACUCCCGCUCCUGCGCUCCUGUUUGAGCGGGACGCGCUGCCCUCUCAGUGCCGCUGCGGAGGAGUGACAGCCAGCCUCACCGGGACGCUCUCCAGGUGCGGAUGAAUACGUUUCUUCUCUUCUUUCAAGCACCUCGUGGCAUGCAAGCAGGAUUUUUAUUCCAGGCAACCAGCUCAUCAUCCUGACAACCACCUAAGGCUCAAGAAAUGCUCUUUUUCAUCUAUCUUCCAAACUGAGGAAAAUCUCACACCCAGUGAAAUGUACCCUGGCACAAAAGACAGAAAAUCUAAAAAUCUAUCUUGAAUUAACAUCCAUUUGAUACGAUCGCAUAAACUUUAUAAAUAUCAAGACUCAAUCAUGUCCAAGGACGAUGCUUGUAAAGUGACAUCUGCCAGCAAACACAAGGAGCGCAAACCGAAGAAGCCUCACUAUAUUCCCCGGCCAUGGGGCAAACCGUACAACUACAAAUGUUUUCAGUGCCCCUUCACCUGCAUGGAGAAGUCCCACCUGUACAACCAUAUGAAGUACAGCCUGUGCAAGAACUCCCUUUCUCUCCUCAUUGAGUCAGACUGGCCAUAUAAAAAGGGCAACAUCCUGCACCCAGAGCAGCUACGACCAUUUCAGCAGGCACACGGUCUUCAAGCUACUGGGAAAGAUGGGCGAGACCAAGUAACAGGGACUGAGGAGAGGCAAAGGCAACGGAGGACCAUUGAGGAGGAAGGUGAAGACAGGGAAAUCCAGGGGCCAGAAGAUGAAGAGGAGGCAGGACGAGGAGAGGAAGUAGAAGUCUCUGGGCUGACGAAGGAGAGCUCCAGUAACAGCAGCGGAGACUCUGCAGAGUGCGCUACCAAGAAAACCAAACAGCCAGAGUCAGAUCUUCUGAUGGCUGAUGUGCUCUCCCUGGAAGAUCAGCUUUUACGAGCACGCUCAGUAGAGGUAGAGGCUCAACUAAAACAUUAUAAGCUAUCCAAGACAUGUCUAACAGCUCCUGGCCUGCUGUCGGAGCAGUGGCGGCUCUUCGCGUCCAGCCACACUAAGGCCAAAGCUGAAGGUGCGCAGCCCAGAGUGAGUAGUUCAAUCCCCUGUUACCCUCCUCCACCAAACCUGGUGGAUUACCAGGAUCCCACUGGACUCAACCUGUCAAUGCUUGGGGUAGGCUACCCUAUCAGCCCCAGCCUCUUCUCUUAUAUGAACUCAGCCAUUCCCACUGCCACCACAGGCGUCACCGCACAGACCCAUGCGCAGCUCGCACAGCUUCCCUUCCUGGCAUCAGCUGCUCAGCUAAUGCACCCAGCCUCCAGCACCCACACAGACAGAGCUCUUAUUCCCCCUCGCCUCUACUACCCCUUCCUAUGUGAACACACAUUCGGACCAGCCUCCAGUCAGAGUGAUGCCAGCAAAGUGCUCAAGACAUCUCCAAACAGUCUAGAAGCAAAUCCCCUGUCUGGUUUCCAGCCAAAAGUUAAUCUAUGGAAAGUGCCUGCUUUGCGGCCAGGGGCAGCUGCAGUCUCCCCUGCUGGCUGGGUGUCACCUCAGAAAGACUCUCCUGACCAGGGCUAUAGGCUGGGGGAUAAACUUCACAUUGCAGCCAAGGAAAGUAAAGCAACAUGGGGUCUCAAGAGAACAGCUGCCCCACUGGGGAACCAUGAGGCACCUAUGGAGAAGAAGUCAGCCAUGGGUUUCACUUUGGAUCUUCUGAAGAAUAUUCAGAAUGCAUCAACUCUUAAUAUGACAGCAGACAAACUUCUCUUCCAUGGCAGUUUACAGGAUGCUCAGCUUCAGACCCAGCCCAGUGAACUGUGGUACAACGAUCCUCUCACCAGUCCAAACAGUGAAACAUCUUCUCUUUCUACCUGUGGGAGAUCCACUAACCAGGAAUCAACUGCAACCAAGACAACAGGGGAGGGAGCUUCAGAGUCAGUGGCUGCUCUCCUCACUGACCUGUCCAAAGCCUUGCAGGAGUACCAGGAGGCUGAGCGCAAAAUCUCCCACCUGGAGAAGGAGGACCUUCCCGCCCAGCACCACCUCUGGGAACACCUGAGCAAAAUCCGCAGCGAGCUCUCCCACAUCCACCAGGCGCUGGAGCGGACUGCUCGCCAGAGUGACGGGCCUCUCGACCUGUCAGUCAAGAGAGGCACGUCAGAUUCAGUUGGUGACCACGUCAUGACAGAUGAUGGCAGCCUUAAGGGCAACACGACGGAGACAGAGGACGAGGACGACGAGCUGGAGGAUAAAAAGGAGGAGGAAGAGAAUGACAGUGAGAGGACAGCGAUGAAGGCUUCAUUGGAGAGUCGUAAGCAAUCAUUGGACAUGCUGAUCAAGAUGAGUCAGGCGGCGGUUUUAAACACAGAGGUUCUCUCUCCCGGUGGUCUUGGCAUGAGGCCCAGUUCUGCUGAGGCCUUAUGGCCAAGCAGAACCACCAAGUGUGAGGCAGACUCCAGCGUGCUGCUGUGCCCCGACGGCCGAUCAGUGGUGUUCACCGAGAUCCCCUCGUCUGCCAAAACCCAAAAGAGGCCCCCAUCCAUACAGCGACUAGAAGCCCAAUGCCCUCUGAGCCCUUUGACAGCUACUGAUAAUUAAACUUGUGUUCUUCUGACUGCAACAUUUCUGAUUCCAGACAGUUGUUCAAACGCAGUUGUCUUCAUUAUUACUGGCAUGUCUUUGAUUUUCACUGGCUGGAGGAGGACUGUUAGUCUUACUCUCAGUUUAACUUCACAAAAACCUCAAAUAUUUUGCACCUUAUGAGACAUUCAGAGAAUGAAUGAAAAUAUUUGAAAGGAAAGUUUACAAAUGCACUACGGACAUUGAUUGUUACAAUAAGAUUCUGUGAGAUACAAUUUUCAAAUGUAACAUCAGCACUUAAUUGUGAUAAUUUGAACAUUUAAUUCCAUUAAAAUCAUGUUGUGAGACAAUCCUUUGAAUGGAUUUGUGAAUACUGUAAUAACAAUAAAUGUAAGUAAAAUGUUUUAAAGGGUAAAUGGUUUUAUAUGGAUGAUGUCAUGUUGGACUGCAUCAUUUCACUUGUUGUCGAUAAACUGUAUUAUAGACACUGUAUUUCUUUGAAUAAACUAAGUAAAAAACAAAGAGGCUCAUUCUUCUUAAGUAAAGUAAUAAAAGGGAUAAUG